GACCUGGCAUUCAUUCAUGUUUGUGCAUGUGAACGGUUAAUGUCUGACUGGAGAGCUUUUGCUUGUGCCUGUAUUGCUUUGCUUGCAGGUUGUGAAAUACUGCACUGCUGUCCUGAUACAAGUUCCCUCUAACUUCAAAGGUUGCUGAAGUUCAGUGAGUGCCAAGAAGGGCAAAGAUGGAGCAUGUCUCGCUCCCGCCACUGUCCCGUGUUGCCAUUUGUGGCGGCACCCAUGGAAAUGAGAUGUCAGGGGUGUACUUGGUGAGAGAAAUGCAGAAACAGAAGGUAGAUCAGGCCGGAUCUGUUUCUAUAACCACCGUUCUAUCAAAUCCACGGGCGGUGGAUGCUUGUAGAAGAUACACCGACACAGAUCUGAAUCGCUGUUUCACAAAAGGCCUGCUAAGUGCCCCCAUAACAGACUCUACACCCUAUGAGUUGAAGCGAGCCCAAGAGCUGAACUCUCAGCUUGGACCAAAAGGAAGCAAAGAGGCUGUGGAUCUGCUCUGCGAUGUCCACAACACCACUGCCAACAUGGGCCUUUGCCUCAUCUUUUACUCCAUAGACUGGAUCACCCUGCACAUUUACAAAUACAUACAGAGCAAGAUGACCUCUACACCUGUGAGAGUAAUCCAGCUGGAUAUACCUAUUUCUGAAGCUUAUUCCUUAGAGUCAGUGGGCAAACAUGGCUUCGCAAUAGAGGUAGGUCCUCAACCCAAUGGUGUGCUCAGAGCUGAUAUCUUUAACAUGGUGAAAGAGGCAGUGGAUCUCACAAUCGAAUGGCUUCAAGGAUUCAAUUCCGGAAGUACAUUUGAAGGAGGUGAAGUGGAAGCAUACAAUUUGGUGAAGAGUGUAGACUACCCAAGAGAUCCUACAAGCAAUGAGAUUACUGCUGCCAUACAUCCCCAGCUGCAGGAUAAUGACUUCAAACUUCUCCGACCAGGAGACCCCAUGUUCCAGUCAUUUUCUGGGGAGAUGGUGGAGUACGAGGGAGAAGAACUCUACCCUUUCUUUGUAAAUGAAUGUGCCUACUAUGAGAAGAAGAUUGCGUUCCAUUUAGCCAAGAAGAUCACUUUGACCUUCCCGCCCAUAAGUGUGAAGAAAGACUGAGAGUGAUACUAAUAUAUACUGCAGAGAUUUUGAAGUAUAAUCAAAGAAAAGAAAUUGUGCACUACAUUAAUGAUCAUGUUUUAAUCAUCUCAAAUUAGCUAAUGCACAAACCUAUGCAAUAAAUGACACAAUAACAUGAUUACCUCCUCAGUUGAAUACAGAAACACUGCAACAGUACUACCUCUGUGAGGCUCAUGUGUAAUGAGUUGCUUUUGUACUUGAUUGAAUAAUAUUGCACAGGUGCUGGAGUUAUAUUCUUCCAUCCCCUGUAUAUUAACUGGCAAUAAUGCAAAACACUAUGUUUGAAUAAAUUAAAAAAUAGAUCACAUUGAA